UUGUCUGAAGGGCCAUGGAUUGAUUCUCCUCUCUCCAAGUUCACACUUGUAGCUUUCAAUUCCUACUCUAUUCAACAUUCAUUCUCUGCGUGAUACCAUUACACACCUGAGAUCACAAUCCCUAAAACUGCAGCUAGUAGCUUACUUUUCUUCUUGGAAAUUAUUUUUUUGAUCAAUACGAUCAUGUAGAAGGAACUGGAGGACAGAGGUAGACUUGGAGGCAAAAAUGAGUGUGUCCUUGACUGUGAUGACCUUCAAUCUUCAUGAAGAUCAACCAGAUGACAGCCCAAAUUCAUGGGAGAAAAGGAGAGAUUUGUGUAUAAGCGUUAUCACCAGUUAUUCACCCAUGAUCCUCUGCACCCAACAAGGUGUAAAGACGCAAUUGGAAUUUCUGCAGCAGGGUUUGCCGGGUUAUGAUCAAGUUGGAAUUUCAAGAAAAGGAUCCCAAGACACUUCAGAUGAACAUUGCACCAUCUUCUAUGACAAAGAAAAGGUAGAGCUGCUAGAAAGUGGAACAUUUUGGUUGUCGGAGUCACCUUCAGUUCCUGGAAGCACAUCAUGGGGUUCUGUAGUUCCAUGUAUUGCAACGUGGGCGACAUUCCAAUUAAAAGGAGUCGAGCCACCAGGUUUUUCAUUUCAGAUUGUAAAUACAAACAUGGAUGAGUUCAGUCCUCGUGCCCGUAGACGAAGUGCUUUACUCACAUGGCAGCAUAUUGCAUCCUUACCACCUAGCUUGCCGGUUGUAUACUGUGGAGGAUUUAAUACACCAAAGGAAUCAACUACAGGGCGUUUUCUUCUUGGAAGAUCUAGGGAGCAUGGCGUUGUAGGUGAUAUGAGGGAUGCAUGGCCCAGUGCUCGAGUGAGAAAAAAUGGUUCACUCAUACGCACUUACCAUGGAUUCAAAGGUGACAAGCAAGGAGCCGUUGAAUUCCUUAAGUUGAUAUUCAGAGCACUUUGCCUCUGCUGGGAUCGCCAAACUCAGGAUCUACAUAUAGAUUGGGUUCUUUUCAGAGGCAGAUCCCUGAUUCCUGUUUUAUGUGAAGUGGUGAAUGAUAACAUUGAUGGGUACUAUCCAUCCUCUCACUAUCCAAUAUUUGCUGAAUUUAUGCUUCCUCGAACCAUCAGACUCAUUGAACCACCUACACAAGAGGACAACUAAGCCCCUCCUGGUGUGGAGAUUUUGGUAGCUAAACUUCAGGCACAAGUGUUUGAGAGAUCACACAAGGACCUUUGAGUGCCUCUAAAGCAUCUGAAAAUGGAGGUCAGUUUUCUUGAAAAAACGGCUAUAUAUAUCUAUUUUCAUUUUGGGUGUAUCUAAAGCAGAAGCUCCUUCCCAUGAGAGUUAAGUGGGAAAGAGACACUGUGAUGUUUUCCUCUAGUUUGGCUAUUCAAAUAUAACUGUUCUUUUGGGGGAAUAAAAGAUAAGAAAGCUGGUAGCUUUAGAUUCAUGAUAUGUCUUGGUUUUAUUGUUAAUCCCAGUCAAAAGAUGGAUGUGGGUGUUGAUGUGUAGAUUGAUGUGUGGAUGGUGAUCUCAUACCCAUAACUUUCCCAUCUAAGAAGUUGUUUGAGUGGGUUUUUCAAAAUAUUUAUGUAAUUAUAUUUUUAGAGGAUGGUAAUGAUUUACAAAAGAGGAAUGUGAGAUUGAUUGCUUAUUCUUAUUA